UAUUGAUUUAUAGAAAAAACUCUAUCCUGAUAAUCCUGGGUAUACUUUUAUUAUAGAUGAUUUUAAAUGAAGAUUUGAUUAAGUGUUGUUGAAGAAUGGGUACAUAUUUAUAAUAAAUAAUAUUAAAGUGGGUUGUAUAAAGCCAAUUUAAAGAUAUUAUAGGUACCGAAGUAUUACCAAUUUAUAAAGAUAGAGAGCUAAUAAAAUAGGGAAAAGUUAAAACACAUACUGAU